AAGGCAACAGACCAAGCUAUUAGAGUUGGGAACUGCAACUGUUCUUUCUACUAGGGUAGUAAAAAUGGCAACUAGAGAUAAUGGCGGACUCCUCCAUGUUCUUUUCCUUCCCUACUUGUCCGCUGGUCAUUUCAUCCCAUUAGUUAACACCGCAAGGCUAUUCGCCUCCCGGGGUGUUAAAGUGACCAUCCUCACAACCCCACAUAAUGCCUUACUUUUCCAAUCUACCAUUGAUGAUGAUGUCCAAAUUUCCGGACAUUCCAUCUCUAUCAUAACUAUUAAAUUUCCCUCCGCUGAAGUUGGCCUGCCUGAAGGAAUUGAAAGCUUCAACACUGCCACUUCACCUGAAAUGCCCCCAAAAAUAUUUUAUGCUUUAUCUCUUCUACAGAAGCCAAUGGAAGAUAAAAUUCGUGAACUCCGUCCUGGUUGCAUUUUUUCUGAUAUGUACUACCCUUGGACCGUUGAUAUUGCUGAGGAGCUUAACAUUCCUCGUAUCUUGUACAACUUGUCUUCCUACAUGUGCUACAGCAUUGUGCACAACCUUAAUCUUUACAAACCUCACAAGCAGCCUCAACUAGACGAAUCUCAAAGUUUCGCGGUUCCUGGUUUACCUGAUGAGAUAAAGUUCAAGUUAUCCCAACUUACAGAGGAUCUGAGAAAGCCUGCUGACAAAAGGAAUGAUUUUGACGAAAUACUUGACCAAGUACGAGAUUCGGAGGAUCGAAGUUAUGGCAUUGUUCAUGAUACCUUUUACGAGCUAGAACCUGCAUACGUUGACUAUUAUCAGAAAUUAAAGAAACCAAAAUGUUGGCAUUUUGGUCCUAUCUCCCAUUUUGCAUCCAAAAUCCGUAGCAAGGAACUAAUUGCUGACCAUAACAACGGCGUUGUUGUAGAUUGGUUGAAUAGUCAGAAAUCAAAAUCAGUUCUCUACGUAUCUUUCGGGAGUAUGGCUAGAUUUCCUGAGAGCCAACUCAAUGAAAUCGCCCAAGCUUUGGAUGCUUCAAAUGUUCCUUUCAUAUUUGCGUUAAGGCCUAAUGAAGAAACCGCUACAUGGUUGCCAGUUGGUAAUUUAGAGGGCAAGGCCAAAAAAGGUUUGUUUAUUAGAGGGUGGGUCCCACAGCUGACGAUCUUGGAACAUUCAGCAACAGGUGGGUUCAUGACUCAUUGUGGCACCAAUUCGGUUCUUGAAGCCAUCACUUGUGGUGUGCCGAUGAUAACAUGGCCACUUUAUGCUGAUCAAUUCUACAACGAGAAGGUAGUGGAGGUUCUAGGAUUGGGAGUCAAGGUCGGGAUAGAUAUAUGGAAUAGUGGUAUUGAGAUCACGGGCCCAGUAAUAGGAAGCGCAAAGAUUAGAGAAGCAAUUGAGCGAUUGAUCACUACUGAUUCUGAGGAAAUUAUGAAAAUUAGGGAUAGAGUAAUGGCUAUGGGCAAAAUGGCUAAGAAUGCAACAAAUGAAGGUGGAUCUUCAUGGAACAAUCUUACUGCACUCAUUCAGCAUAUCAAGAAUUUUAACCUUUCAUCCACUAUGAAUUAAUAACCUUUUCUUUUUCUAAUUAGUCUUUUUGAUCCUUCUAGUUUGUUGGAAGAAAUAAGCCCUUGCAUUGUAACUUCAUGUUUUUGUUUAUUUCACUUACUAAAGGGAUGGAUGGAUCUUAAUUUGAUCAAAUCAACUUUAAUGAUUAUUGCCGAUGUGCAAAUCAAUAA